AUGGACGUCACUGCGGAUAUUAAAGUGCUGGUGGCGAUGCGGGACGACCAGCACUGCCGAGAAGCCCUAGACUGGACGAUUAAGGAGUUCGGAAAGCGCAAGGAUACCAGCGUGUGUCUGCUCCUCACGCAUAUUGUGACGGAACUUCGCAAUACAGCGGGCAAGCUGGUGCGCCUAGGCGAGGCGGACAGCCCGAGCGUGGCGGUGCACAUAUGCGACCGCGUUCUGCCGUACCUCGAGAGCCUGCAAGACGUCAGCGACGACGCCGGGCUGCCGUCCACGGUGCACGUGAUAAAGAACGAGGACAAGGGCGGCGCCAUUCUCGAGGCGGCGCAGAAGCUGGAGGCGACGCACAUCGUGCUGGCUAGCAUUCCCAACAAGCCCAUCGGCGAGUGGAAGACCAUCAACGUGUGCGCGAGGGAGGAGGUGUUGCCGCCCGGCGCGUCGCUCUAUGUGGUGCAGAGUGGCAAGAAGCUGAAAACCGUGCAGAGCAAGGAGCAGGCGCCCGCUAAGCCCGUCCCUCCCCCAGCGCGAGUGUUCCACGGCACAGCCCUCAACAAGAAGCUGCCAGACAUCCAGGAGGGGGGCAGCGGCGUGCAGGAGGACGGAGAUGCACAGGGGGGCAGCGGGGCAGCGGACGGGGAAGGGGAAGGGGAUGCGGGAGGCAAGGAGGCCGCAGCAGAGGGGGGAGCGGAGGGGGAAGGGGCUGGUAAGGCGGAGGGGGGGGCGGCGGAAGGGGGAGGGGAGGGUGCGGGGAAGAACGAGGAGGGGCUGUCUGCUCUGGAGCUGGCUAGGCGAGCAUAUGCUGCUAAGGCCAAGGCUGCUGCUGGGGCAGGCGGUGGGGGUGGGUCUGGGGGCGCGGCAGCAGGUGGGGCAGCAGCAGGAGGAGGAGGGGCGGCAACGGCAGGGGGGGCGCCGGGAGGGGGAGUGCCGCCCAAGGACCGGCCGAGGAAGAAGAAGCCAUCGGCUGGUGCUAAGGUUGGAGCGGCGGUGGGAGGUGGAGUGCCGCCCAAGGACCGGCCGAGGAAGAAGAAGCCCUCUGCUGGUGCUAAGGGGCGCCUUGAAAAGAAGAUGGCGGAGAGGGAGGGAUCAUCUGGGCGCAAAGUCCCGUCGGACAAGAACCCGCUCACGCGGCCGCUGCAGGUGGUGGAACCCUCCCACUCACAUCCUGCCCGGCUGGAAAAGAAGAUGGCGGAGAGGGAGGGCUCGUCGAGGCGCAAGGUGCCGUCGGACAAGAACCCGCUCACGCGGCCGCUGCAGGUGGUGGAACCCUCCCACUCACAUCCUGCCCGGCUGGAAAAGAAGAUGGCGGAGAGGGAGGGCUCGUCGAGGCGCAAGGUGCCGUCGGACAAGAACCCGCUCAUGCGGCCGCUGCAGGCUCGCCUGGAGAAGAAGAUGGCGGAGCGCAAGGGCUCCUCGGGCCGCAAGGCUCGCCUCGAGAAGAAGAUGGCAGAGCGCGAGGGCUCCUCCGGCCGUAAAGUCCCUUCGGACAAGAACCCGCUCACGCGGCCGCUGCAGGUGGUGGAGCCCGCAGAGGGCGCCCGGCUUGAGAAGAAGAUGGCGGAGCGAGAGGGCUCCUCCGGCCGUAAAGUCCCUUCGGACAAGAAUCCGCUGACGCGCCCUCUCCAAGUGGUGGAGCCCGCAGAGGGCGCGCGGAGGCAGCCGUUCAAAGAGUUCACGCUGGAGGAGCUGCAGGCCGCCAUUGAGCACUUUUGGCCCAACCACGUGUGCGGCGAGGGCAGCUACGGCGUGGUGUAUAAGGGCAUGAUCGACGGGCAGACGGUCGCUGUGAAGCAGCUCAAAAACCCCGAUGUGAAGGCUGCGCUUGACGAGAUCGACAGGGAGAUGGAGGUGCAGAAGCGCAUAGACCACCCCAACGCGGUGCGCCUGGUGGGGUACUGCAGGGAGGACCGAUCGCUGGUCUACGAGUUCAUGGCCAACGGGUCGCUCGAGGACCGCCUGCUGUGUAUUGGGGGCGUGCCGCCCCUGCAGUGGCCCGAACGCUGCCGCAUUGCCAUGGAGAUCGCAGCGGGCCUGCAGCACCUGCACACGCGCAAGCCGCCCAUCGUGCACCGCGAUGUGAAGCCAGCCAAUGUGCUCCUGGACGACCACUUCACCGCCAAGCUCGGCGACGUGGGGCUCGCUCGCCUCAUGGGCGACCUCGCUCCCGGCCACUCCCACGUCGUGCGGAAAUCCGUUAUUGUGGGGACGGAGCACUAUGUUGAUCCGGAGUAUUUGUGCGCGAGGAGGGGGUAUCUCGGGCCGAAAUCGGACGUGUAUUCGUUCGGAGUGGUGCUGCUGCAGAUGCUGGUUGGGGAGGUGCCGAACCUGAAGAGGAUCGAUGCUAUGGUGGAGAAGGAGGAGUUGACAGUGGUGCUGGAUCCCAGGGCUGGUGAAUGGCCGCCGAACCUGGCACUUGAUCUCGCGAACCUGGGGCUGUGGUGCGCGGAAAUGGACCGCCGAGAUCGGCCGGAUCUGACGGAGGAGGUGAUUCCGGCGCUGAUGGAUAUUUGCGAGGCGGCGGCCGAUGCGGUGGUUGAGUGGGAGGCGAAGCAGGAGGCACAGAAGGAGAAGGAGCGGCUGGAGAAGGAGGAGAAGGAGAAGGCUGAGAAGGAGGCGAAGGCGAAGGCUGAGGAGGAGAAGAAGAAGCAGCAGGCAGAGGAGGAAGCUGCUAGGAAGGCCAAGGAGGCGGCUGCUGGGGCUGGGGCGAGCGAGGCGGCGGCGGCGGGGAAGAAAGCGGGGGCGGCGGGAGCGGCAGCAGCACCGUCCAAUGAAGCGGCAAAGGGCGGCCUCCGUCUUGCAGCGAGUGUCGCCGAAUCCGCCGCUAGCCGUUUCAUUUUCCCGCUCACACCGCGACUCGCUGCACUGCCCGCAUCCACCGCUCUUGCCGCCGCCAUGGCCGCCGCGCUUAACCGCCGCGGCUUCUCCCUCGCGCGCACGGCGCUCCCGCAGCUCCGCGCGCUGACGACCUCCGCGCAGCGCUCCGCAGUGGGGAAGGCCGAAGCGGCAGAGGUGUCCGGCAUUCCCAAGGAGCAACUCCAGCGGAAGGUGGUUGUGUACAGUCCUGCGCGAGCCGCGUCGCAGCAGGGCAUGGGGCGGCAUGGACAGUGGAAGAUUAGAUUCGAUACCACGCAGAAGUGGGAGAACCCCCUGAUGGGGUGGACAUCAACAGCGGACCCCAUGGCAUGUGUGGCGGACUCAGCCCUCUCCUUCCACUCCAAGCAGGACGCCGUUGACUUUGUUGAACGCCACGGCUGGCACUACCAGGUCCUCGAGCCGCAGAAGCCAAUCAAGAAGCCCAAAUCAUACGCGGACAACUUUCGCUGGAAGGGUCCUCCUGCCACUGCUGCUGACAAGUAG